CGGUUGCUUUAUAAGUCGAUCGCGACCGAGAACAAUUUCAUGCCAUUUAGCCAACGGUUUAAUUGAGCUUAAGAAGAACCCUGUCGGGGAGGGUGUACAUACAUGGCAGCUCCGGCCGGUAAGUGGCCGUGGGUCGGGGUCGGGACGGCCAUGACCGUCGUCACCGUGUGGUCCUGCUCCAAGUUGCCGGACUACAUCCACGACGAGCUGAGGCACUUCAUCACCAAGUGGACGCCGCUCGUCGCCGCCUACUUCAACCCCUACGUCCAGGUCACCAUCUCCGAGCAGAGCGACGAGCAGUUCCGCCGGAACGAGCUCUUCGACGACAUCUCCGCCUACCUCACCCACAAAUGCGCUGGCGGCGCCCGCAGGCUCAAGGCCGAGCUGGGGAAGGACGGCAAGCUCCCGGAGAUCACCCUGGACGACGACGUGCACGUCACCGACGACCACCAAGGCGCGCGCGUCUGGUGGUACGCGUCCAACAAGGGCCCCAGCUACAGGAGCCCGAGCCCCGUCGUCAGCCUCUUCCCCGCCGACACGGAGCCCCGGCUGUUCCGGGCAGUGUUCCACAAGCGCCACCGCCGUGUCAUGCUCGACGACUACCUGCCGGGCGCGCUGGAGAAGGGCCGCCAUCUCAUCGCCACCAUGGCCAGGGAGAGGCGGCUGUUCACGAACCACCGGCCGGGGAACAGGAGCACCUGGUGCCACGUGCCAUUCGAGCACCCGGCGACAUUCGAGAAGCUCGCCAUGGACCCCGACCAGAAGAAGGAGAUCAUCGACGAUCUGGAGGCGUUCAUGGACGGCAAGCAGUACUACUCAGACGUGGGCAAGGCGUGGAAGCGCGGGUACCUGCUGCACGGGCCCCCGGGCACGGGCAAGUCAACGCUGAUCUCGGCCAUGGCCAACAAGCUCAAGUACGACGUCUACGACCUUGACCUCACGUCCGUCAAGAACAACGCCGAGCUCCGGAAGCUCUUCAUCGAGACCAAGGGCAAGUCCAUCAUCGUCAUCGAGGACAUCGACGCCAUCGAGGUCGACCUCGCCGGAAACCGCAAGGUCGCCGGCAAGAAGGGCGCCGGCGGCAGCUGCUGCGACCCGCUGGACCCCAACAAAGAUGACGGCAGCAAGGUGACGCUCUCCGGUCUGCUCAGCUUCGUGGACGGGCUGUGGUCGGCGAGCGGCGGCGAGCGGGUCAUCGUCUUCACCACCAACCGCGUCGACAUGCUCGACCCAGCGCUGACCCGCCGCGGGAGGAUGGACAUGCACAUCGAGAUGUCCUACUGCCGUUUUGGGGCCUUCAAGGUGCUCGCCAAGAACUACCUCAAGGUACAAGACCACGUCUUGUUCGACGAAAUUCAGCGGCUGCUCGACGACACCGACACGUCACCCGCUGACGUGGCACAUAACCUCAUGCCCAAAUGCAAAAAGAGGAGGAGGGACGACUCCGAUAUGUCGUCCAGUGACGUGGCACGUAUGGACGCCGACACUUCCUUGGCAGGUUUAGUUGAGACCCUGAAGAAAGCCAGGAGGGAAUCAGUGACGGCUCCGGCCGCCGUGAAACUUUGAGAUGACUGUCAUACCGGCCUAUUUCUUGGUGAUGUUUGUCCCCGUGUAACAUUUUCCUCCUUGGUAUCAAUAUAUAUAUAUGC